GCCAAGAUGGCGAAGGUGUGCUCGCGCCUGUUGGUGUUGCCCAGCCGCCUGGCGUUGGCCGCCAGCGCUGCCGCUUACUGGAUCGCCGUCUACACGCUGACGGCCCUGGCCAGCUGCUUAUUCCUGCUGCGGAUGGCCUGGGUCGUCGUCAGGAAGCGAGGCCGAGCUUUCCAGUGGCGGUUUCGGGACAGCCCGCCCGCCUGCCUCAGUGACCCGUCCUUGGGGACCCACUGCUUCGUCCGGGUGAAGGAUUCAGGGCUGCGGUUUCAUUAUGUGGCAGCUGGGGAGAGGAACAAACAACUGAUGUUGCUACUCCAUGGCUUUCCUGAGUUUUGGUACUCAUGGCGUUAUCAACUGCGGGAGUUCAAGAGUGAGUACCGAGUGGUGGCUGUAGAUUUGCGUGGUUAUGGGGAUUCAGAUGCACCCCCAGGUCGAGGUGACUACAAGCUGGAGUGUUUGCUGACUGAUGUCAAAGAUGUUAUUGAAGCUCUAGGGCACCGCAGCUGUAUUCUGGUGGGGCAUGACUGGGGUGGCGUCCUGGCUUGGAACUUCGCAAUUUGCAAUCCAGAAAUGGUGGACAGAUUGAUAAUCUUGAAUGCGCCGCAUCCAAAUGUGUUCCAAGAUUACCUGAACCUAUCCCAGCUGCUGAAGUCCAGCUAUAUUUUCUUCUUCCAGGUGCCAAAGCUUCCUGAGCUUUUCAUGUGUAUGGAUGAUUUCAAGGCCCUGAAGAGCGCAUACAUGAGUAAACAGAUGGGAAUCCAGAAUAAAAGCAGCAGGUUGACUGAGGAAGAGUUAGAGGCUUACAUUUACAACUUCUCUAGGCCUGGAGCAUUGGUGGGCCCCCUCAACUACUACAGGAACAUCUUCAGCAAUCUCCCGGCAAAGUGCCACGAUGUGAUGGCGCCCACCCUGGUGAUCUGGGGAGACAAGGACGGAGCUCUGGAUGUUGGCAUGACUGCCUAUAUGGAGCAGUACAUACAGAACACGUUCCGGUUGAAGGUGGUGCCUGGGGCCAGUCACUGGGUCCAACAGGACCAACCCGAUGUGGUCAACAAACUCAUCUGGACGUUCCUGAAGGAAAGCAACAAGUAGACUCCUGAUUCCACACAUGUGCAUGGUGCAUCAUUACAUGUGUGUGAAAUAUAAUUUAUAUUCAAUCUCUCUAUAAGGAAAAAUAACUAUCCACAAAUUUAUAACUGAAAAUUUUUAUAGUAUCAUGAUUGAACGUUGUUAAAUGCAGCAAAUGCUGAGGUUUAUAAUGGCACAAUGGCUAUCCACCCCUUUGGGUGGCAGAGCAAGUUCUUGAUCAUGAUGUUCCCCCUGCCACUUGUUAUCCAUUUGUGCAGAGUGCUGUCAAAUGUUUGAGUGAAAGGGAGAAAAGAAACUGCAAACCCUGGGGGUGUACAGAGAGAAUUAGAUUCAAGUUAUAGGUGAACACUUCACUAGGACUAGUGAUCUGCUAUACCCUCCCUUUAAUGGACUGUCAGUUAACACAAGCUCCCUUCUGGCAUUGCUAGUUUGGUGUUGGCUGUGGCUUAUAGGAUAAACUACCAGGAAGAAUGGUUUAGUCGAUCCAGAGUCAUUUGUUUUCUGCACCUUGCCUGGAUAACUUGAUAGCCAGUGCCUGUGAGCGUGGAGCACUAGGUGGCUAGUACUUUGCCCAUUUAUUGGCUUAGGAAUAAACAGAAAUGGUAUUAAAUGUGACCAGAUCACUGAAAGGUGAAAAUAGAUGAUGCCGUGAGUUGAAGGUGCAAUCUCUCAGUGUUGGAUGAUGUAUUUGGCCUGAUGUGCAGUUGCAAGCUUUCUGCUGCUUCUCUGCUUUGUAAUUGGAGUUUUAUUGCAAACAUGCAAACACUUUUUUUUGUGUCUCAGGUAGAUCAGAUUUGAAGCAGUGAUUUCAGGAAGGAAACCUGGAGGCAGCUUAUUUUUUCUGAAGUAUAGUGGAAGCAAAGAAUGUUUAAUUAAAAUCUGUGCCAGCAGUUGUUAUAUGUUGAUUUGGAUUAAGGUAGCUUAAAAUGUUAGAUUCAGAAAUUUGUGCAGUCGGCAAGGAAAGCUAGGGGAAAAUGCAUUUAUAUAGCGCCUUUCAAGACCGCAUGUUGUUCUAAAUCUCUUUGUAGCCAACAAAUUGUAGUUACUGUUAUAAUGUAGAAAACGUUGGUUGAGGGAUUAAUAUUGCCCUCAUUGAAUAGUUCCAUAGGAUCAUUUGCAUCCACCUGAGAAUGCAGAUGGUUGAUGUGUCAUCCCAAAAAAUACCACCUCCAGUAGUGCAGUAUUCCCUCAGUUCUGCACUAGAGCAUCAGCUUAGGUAUGUGUUCAAGUGCCUGGAGUGAGAUUUGAACCCAGGACCUUCUGACUCCAUAGUGAGAGUGUUACCCACUGAGCAACUGAAUAAAGGGGAGUGUGAGAGGGAGUUACAAUGUUUUAACCCUGUCUCUAAACUGCAUAGGAUCACCCUUAACUUCUCAAACAACACUUUUCCACUUCCUGUUUUUUCCUCCGUGAGGGAGGUUUGCAUUCAUGCCACACAAAUGCCAGACUAUCUUCAACAAAAGAAAAGCUAACAGUCUCCCCUUGUCAUUCAACAACAUGACCAUUACUGAAUCCCCUUACAUUAAAUCUGGGCGUCAACAUUGAUCAGAACUUAACUGCACCAACCAUAUAAAUACUGUAGAUACAAGGGCAAGUCAGAGGCUGAGCGUACUCACCUCCUGAUUCUCCAAACCCUGCCCACCUGUCUUUAGUUUGAUGGAAUAUUCUCCAUUUGCCUGGAUGAAUGCAGCUCCGAUAACACUCAAGAAGCUUGUCACCAUCCAGGACAAAGCAGCCCACUUAGUUGGCACCCACAGCACCUUAAACAUUAACUCCCCCCACCACCAAUGCACAGUGGCAGCAAUGUGUACCUUCUACAAGAUGCACUGCAGCAUCUCGUCAGGGCUCCUUCAACAACCUUUCAAAUCUGUAACAUAUAAAACCUAGAAGGAGAAGGGUGGCAGGCGGAUGGGAGUACCACAACUGCCAGCUCCCCUCCAAGUCACACACCAUGGUAACUUGGAAAUUUAUUGCUGUUCCUUCAUUAUCACUGGGUCAGAAUCUGGAACUCCCUCCCUAACAACACAGUGGGUGUACCUACAUAGAUGCAGCGAUUUAAGAAGGCAGCACAACACAACUUUCUCGAGGGCAGCUGGGGAUGGGCAAUGAAUGCUGGCAUUGCCAGCGAUGCUCACAACACAAGAACAAUUAAAAACAAAAAGAUGCGUGUCACCACAUAAUAUUUAUUUGCUGAGCCUUUAAAAAAAGUGUAACAGGGUGAUAAUGAGUUUUGGUCAUUGAGGGUUGGAGUGAUGGUUGUGUGGAAGACAGAAGAUAUUAAGGAAAUGAUAAUGAUUUGAAAUAAUGGCUAAUGCUGGAGUAUAGUUUGUGGGCACUGUGUGUGUCUGGCCAUUUAACACCCACUGACAUCAUCCCUUGUCGUCCACUGCUGGAGCUGACCAGUGAUAUUAACUAAAGAUCAGGAGAGGCAGUAUGUGUGUUAAUGUUGAGUUACAUAACAUUAACUUUUGCUUUUACGUUUAGCUUAUCUUUGUGGGGCAGGUAAAUUGUAUCAUCAUGCACGGAAGGAGGUAAUUUGGCCCAUUGAGCCCAUCUGACUUGCCACAAGUUAGUCCCAUUCCCCUCUAACCCCCGCAAGUUUAUUUCCCUCAAGUGCACAUCCAGUUUCAUUUUGAAGGCAUUGAUCCUCUCCUCUUCCACCACUCUCAAGGCAGCAAGUUCCAGGGUACAACUGUAGGAUUUGACCUUAUGCAACUACUUUAGCCCAAAUUGUUUGGUUACUGUGUCUGGAGGCUCUCUGUGCAUUGUUCCUCCUGUUCAGCAGGAUCUAGGGCUAAGAGAGGAAUAGAUAGGCAAUUGGUGCCCUUUGGUCAUCACAUAGAUGUUGAACUUCCUGAUCCAAAAAAAUCUUGUCUUUCUUUCUCUUUUCCUCCUUCUUUCUCACCUUUCUCCCUUUUGCUCUGUUUCUACCUCUUUCUUUAUUCUCUCCGCCUCUUUCUAUCUCUCUCUUUUCCUCUUUCCCACUUUCUUGCUCCUCCACUGCCAAGCACAAAGAAACUCCAGAUCUAGAGUCUACCCCAUGUUACCUAAUUUGAGUAAUGUUACCAGGGCGAUGUGCGAGUAUUAGCCCCCUGUUUAGACUUUAACUCUAUGGUGCUUAAGUACACAUGCAGUGACUAACGCAUUUAGUUGGGAACAAUGUUGCUUCAGUUCAAUUGCCCUGACUUGUUUGAAUUUCAAUUUAUUUGCCUAUUGCGGGGCGUCCCUCUUGUUGCAGCCCCCAGAUCCUUCCUGCUUAGAGACUCAAAGCCCAAGCGACACUUGUCUAAUUGUGCUUUCAUUCCUUUUCACUGGUUUGUCCUCUUUGAAAUUUUGUGAGCCUGGAGGUUUAGUCAUUGAUGGAUAAAUCCUAAAUCAGAAUACCAAAAUCUGGGAUGUCAGCGGCUUUAGUAGAACGUAGGUUUAAAAUCUUUGCACAGUGAGGCAAAAGCCCCAGAGGUUUUCCAACCUGAACUUGCUGCUGCCUUAUUAAACAAUGACUCUGCUUUUAUUUUUCAUCAAGCAUCAGAUGAACUUGUCCAUUUUUGUGAUGACUUCUACAUUGUUUGUACUGGGAAUGGUUUCCUGAACUUGCAGAAUGGCUUUGCAUGGGAAACAGUUCAGAGAAGGUGUAUUAGACUGACUCCUAUCAUGAGGAAAGGUUGAGCAGUUUGGGCCUGUACUCAUUGGAGCUUAGAAGAAUGAGAGGUGAUCUUAUUGAAACACAUAAUACUCUGAGGGGCCUUGACAGGGUAGAUGCUGGGAGGAUGUUGCCACUUGUGACGGAAUCUAGGGACACAGUUCAAAAAUAUGGUGUCUUUUAGUUAAGGAGUUUCUUAUCUCAGGGGAUCAUUAAUCUUUGGGAUUCUCUUCCAUAGAGAGCAGUGAAGGCUGGGUCAAUGAAAAUCUCCAAAAAAAAUUGGUUCGGGCACAGCCAAAGUAUAUUCCAGUGAAAGGGAAAUGUAGGACAAACAAAUCCAGAGCUCCCUGCAUGAAAAAGGAGAUAGAAAUUAAGAUAAAGAAGAAAUAGUCUGCUUAUGACAGGUGUCAGGUUGAAAAUAUAAUUGAGAA